UUUAGCUCUCUUCCACCUAUCUCCUGCAGAGAAAUGGAGAAUAUUUGGCCACAUCUCUUCUUCUUCUUCUUCAUCUCCUUCCCUCAUCAACUCUUACAGUUGGAGGCUUCCUCGGUUUACACUCGACCACCCCCUCGGAGAAUUUUAUCCACACCACACAAAGGUUCAAACUCCGACCCACAACAGGUUCAUAUAUCGCUAGUAGGAAGUGAUCAUGUGAGAGUUUCAUGGAUUACAGAUGAUAAGAAGGCUCCUUCAUUAGUUGAAUAUGGUAAACUACCAGGAAAAUAUGAGGCAUCAGCAACCGGGGAAAAUGAAUCCUAUAAUUACUUCUUCUACUGGUCAGGCGAGAUCCAUCAUGUGAAGAUUGGACCUUUGGAUCACAGCACCACCUAUUACUACCGUUGUGGUGGAAGAGGCCAGGAGUUCAGCUUCAAGACACCCCCAUCUACCUUCCCUCUUGAAUUCGUCAUUGUAGGGGAUCUAGGACAGACGGAAUGGACGGCAUCAACGCUAUCACACGUGAACGAAUCAGACUAUGACGUGUUCUUACUCCCAGGAGAUCUAUCCUACGCAGACACCCAACAACCCCUCUGGGACUCUUUCGGCCGCUUGGUCCAACCAUAUGCGAGCCAACGGCCAUGGAUGGUAACGGAAGGGAACCACGAGAUCGAGACAUUUUUCAUCUUCGAGAACAAGCCCUUCAAAUCAUACAAUGCCAGGUGGCGCAUGCCCUUCGAGGAGAGUGGGUCCACCUCUAAUCUCUACUACUCCUUCGACGUCGCCGGAGUUCACAUCAUCAUGUUGGGUUCUUACACGGAAUUCGAGGCUGGUUCGGACCAGUACAAGUGGCUCGAAGCUGACUUGGCAAAGGUCGACCGGUGGAGAACACCAUGGCUCGUCGUUCUACUUCAUGCCCCAUGGUAUAACACUAACACUGCCCAUCAAGGAGAGGGAGAGAGCAUGAGGAAUGCCAUGGAAGCUUUACUGUACCAGGCUCGAGUCGACGUUGUUUUCGCCGGACAUGUACACGCCUAUGAACGAUUUGCGAGGGUGUACAAAAACACGGCCAAGCAAUGCGGUCCCAUGCACGUGACCAUAGGAGAUGGGGGAAACAGGGAAGGACUCGCUUUAGACUUUAAGGAGCCUCCUUCUCCUCUGUCACUGUUCCGAGAGGCAAGCUUCGGACAUGGCCGGUUCAGGGUUUUCAACCAAACUCAUGCACAUUGGUCAUGGCACCGCAACAAUGAUUCCGAAUCAACGGUUGCUGAUGGGGUAUGGCUUCAAAAUCUCAGCGUGUCUAGUGUUUGUAUGGAGCAUUCUUGUACCAAAGAUGAACUUUGAAGCUAAUGUGAUCAAUUUGGAAUCAUGAACAACUUUUGGAUCCACUUAUAGUUAUUUUUCUCUCCGUAUCUUGGAGGUAGAUAUCCAAUAUAUAUAUUGAUAUACAUAAUUCUUAACUAAAAUGUGAAUGUAUAAUAUAAGUGUGAGUAUUCAUAUAAUGUGUAUGAGUUG